GAGACACCCGUUUCAAUAAAGGAAAAUCGAUCACGUUCUCAGUCGUUUUCAUAUGACACACGACCUCACAUACUGCCUCAAGAUAAUCAGGAAAGGAGUGCCAAUAUACAACGAUCGCAAUUUCCUGGUCAAGAUAUUCGACAUCAGACGCAGCAUCCACAAAAUCGUUCUUUGCAAGAAUUCCAAGAGAACAUCCAGAUUUCGGAGCGUACAAAGUGGGAACAAAACUUGGAUUUUGAGGCGUUCGAUGCGACCAACAACAAUGUUUCGUCAUCUUCAUUUCGACCUAGUAGAAGACAUACUGUCUCCAGCACAAACUCCACGUACAAACAAAACUCUAACACAGCUACGAAUAAUGCGCACCGACAAAUGCCGAUGAAUUUGAUAUUUACGCCCUAUCAACCACGGCCUCCAAUACAACCGCAGUCAUUGCCGAUCGAUACGAAUCAAUCUGUUGCUCCACCUGGUCAACUAAUGCUUUCUCCGGUCUCAAAUAUUCCAUCAGGGAUGGCAAACCUAUUAACGCAAAUACCCGAGGAAUCCACGGCGAAUUUAAAUGAUUCACUUCAAUUUAUAAAUUUCACUCAUACACCUUCAUUUCAAUCCGGACAAACACAAUCUAAACAACCUUCCAUUACAAGAGUAAGACCGUCGCCUCACAAACGCAAAUCCAAAGGGGCACUGGAUUUCAUUCUAAAUACAUCAGGUGAAUCAAAUCAAAAACGAUCAAAAUUCGAUGAUGAGAACAAUGGCGAGCAAUAUUGA